AUGUUGGCCUCGCAGCUGACCUCCCUGCCGCGGGUCUUCCCCAAGUCCGGGGUACAUGCGCGCUUCUUCCCCCAGUGUCAUGAGGACGCCUUCCGCAUGUUCGGCGCGGUUCUCGGCUGGAACGCCGGGCUGGCCAUCCGCGAGUCGCAUUGGGGCGAGCCGGAGCAGCAUCUUUGCCCGUUUGAGCUGGACAGCGGCGGGCCGUCGGUCUGGACGUCCGGCAUCAUGGCUCCCCGGCCACGCCAUGCCCGACAGAGCUCCUGGGAGACGCUCCUCUGGCCGCAGCUCCCCUCCUCAGUUUCUCGGACCCUGGACAAUGCGAUCCUCGGGGGAUUAUACACCUUGGACUCGCAGACCCAGCUGCCUCCGCCGACACUCAUUUCGGUCUUCCACCCGGGGAGCCAGCUGUUUGUUCGGACGAUCCGCUCGCCGGUCGGGGCGUACUUCCUCAGCGACGAGCACAUCCCGGCUGAUGAGCUGGUCAUCACGCACUCCGACCAUUUUGACCGUGCCGAUGACAUUGCCGCGCUCAUCGAGUCCCAGGCCCCCCUCACAAGGUUCACAUACAAGUGCUACACUUCCUUCUACUCGUCCGUGAUCAUGCGGAACAGUCGCUUUUAUGCGGCCAUUGAGAAGCACCGAGCCACGCUCAAGUCCUUGUCCCUCGAAAAUGUGGCACUCGAUCAUCAUCAAUUUGUCGCGUUGCUGAGCCAGCUCCGGUUGGAGAGGCUCAAGCUCAAGAACUGUCGCAUUGGAGAUGACUUCUUUCGGGACAUCGUUGCCGAGUCCAAGAAUCGCGAGUUCGUGGACUUCCUCUUCCUCGCCAACAAUCUGACUGACGCCUCGGCCGAGGCCGUAUACGAGGCCGUCUCCCAAAUCCCGAUCCAGCGCUUCAGCAUCUCCGCCGAGUCGCUGGCCGAAAGUCUGCGCAGCCGCCGGCCCCCGAUGUCUGAUGUGCCAUCGACUUUCUCUUCUCUUCAGUUCGACAUCUUCGAUCUCACCCUUCGGAAGAAUGGCCGGGCAAAAAAGGGCCAUAACUUUCUGUCCAUAAGGGCGUCCCCCAUCCAGGUGGCCCUCCUGCAGGGGCUCAAUCCAUGGGAUCAGGCCGGCGCGCCAGUCCCCCUGCCGGGAGCCGGCACGGCCGCCAUGCACCUGGCCCGGCAGGUGUCGCACGAGCAAGCCUCCAUGCGGACUUGGGAUCUGGUGUUUGCCACCAACUUCCUGGAGGACUUUGCCAUGCUCUUCGGACUGCACACCCUGCCGGCGGGGAUUACCACGCCACAGGCACUGGUCCAUGCAUUGACCGAGCUCUUUGGCCAGCUGGUGGAUGCCCGAGAGGCGGGCAACGAGGCUCAAGUCGUUGAGGCCCUCCUGGGCCCUGGGACCCGGUCGGCCCGGCACCCGCGGCUGGCGUCCCCCCUGCGCGCCAGGCGCAAGGAUCACUCGGGCUCGGGCUCGGGCUCGGGCUCGGGCUCGGGCUCGGGCUCGGACUCGGACUCCGACGACCGUCUCGACCCGAGCGCAAAGCUGGAUGUGGCUCUGCGGCGCUUGCAGCGGGCCCUGGACGUAUGCUCGGCCGGGACUCACCCCGGCACGCGGCAUCUCCUCGGCCUGUAUCUGGCCCAUGAGGAUCUCCGGCGGGCGGCGACCAACAUCCGCCAUGGUACCUGGGGGGCCGUGUCGCCGGAGCAACUGCUGAGCUUGCUGAUGAACAUCGGCCUGGUGGAUGUGACCAUGGCCGAUGGGUCGCCCCUGACAGUGGAUGGCCAGCAGCUUCUGGACAUGAGCGUGUUCGACCUCUUCUCUCGGACGAACCUCUCUCUCGGCGGGGCGCUGAUGCUCUAUGUGCGCCUGGUGACCGAGGCCUUCGACACGAGCGACUUGGAGGCAUGGUCCCCCCUGGCCGGGUCUCGGGCGGCUUCCACAUGCCAGGACAGCAAUGGCGCCGGGGCCCAGCCCCGGAAAUCCAUCGAUGUGGCCCUGCCCCGGUUGGAGUCCUUCGUCAACUGGACCACCCCGACGUGUGACCUGUGGCUCGCCCGGCUGACGGGUUUCCCGGAACUGGCCGACAGGCUGUCCCUCUACAAUGGGUAUGACCUGCUGGCGCUGUUGCUGGCCGAUAGCCCGGCUGUCCGGCGGCGGGAUGCCACAACCCAGGCCCGCAUGGCCGACCGGUAUGCCAAGUGGCUGGCCGCGCGCGAGCACGACCCCCUGGCGUGGGUCCUGAAGCCGGCCCUGCACCAGGCGGCAGCCGGGUCCUUCGCAGCCGGGGCCAAUGCACAGGACCUCCUGGAGAUGCGUACCCUGGCGGAGAUGCGCCUUCAGGCGGUGGAAGCCGGGGCCCUGGCCGAGCCCGAAGCCGCCCCGGGCGAGCAGUCUCCCCUCUCGCCGAAGCCGGCGGAUUCCUCGGCGCUGGACGUCUUCGGGGUGUCGCUCGACACGCCGGCCGCCUUCAAGGCACGCACCCUGCAAUCGCUGGAGUCAGCCAUCAGGGCAGACGGCAACUCCGUCACCGUGUCGCCGGAGGUCAUGGGUCUCAUUCGGCAGGCCAUUCUGGAUGUGGUGGCCGAUGAGUGCCGAUCUGGCAAGCUUCCCUGGUGGAUCGGCCAAUUUGAUCUGGCCAUCCCGCUCAAGGACCUGCUGGGGCCGGGAGCCUCGGCGGCGGCGGCGGCGGCCCGGCUGCCGGCCAAAGCGGGUCUCCAUUCCCCGCAUCUAGACUUCUCGCCCUUCCGCAGCAUCAACGACAUGCGGCCGUAG